AUGGAACCUCAGCUAGCUGCAGCAGCGGGCACAGCCCCGCUGCCAGGUCUGCUGGCCCGGGGCCGGCGCCGUCCGCACCCCCCCACCCUGCAAAUGGUCAUGGAGGCGCUGCGGGCCCAGGACCAGAGGAAGGGCUCCUCGGUCGUCGCCAUCAAGAGGUUCAUCCUGGCCAAGUACCCCACCGUGGACCCCGUCCGCCUCAAGUACCUGCUGAAGCAGGCGCUGAGCAAGGGGCUGAGCUGUGGGGACCUGGUGCGGCCCCACAACUCCUCUGCCAUGGGGGCCACUGGCCGCUUCAAGCUGGCACCUGAGAAGCUGCACCACAAGAAGCCACCGGGCCAGGUGGAUCCGGAUGGAAGACAGGCCCCGAGGCUGGGACAGAAAGGAGCCCCCAAGGUCCCCCAGGCCCCUGCGGUGGGAGCAGGGCAGCAAGGUGCUGCGAAGGGGAAGCAGGCAGCAGUGAAACCGAAGCCGAGGGCCAAGCCUGCGGAGCCCCAGCAGGCAGCAGCGAAGCCCAGGAGCCAUGGAGCAAAGACCCUGCCCGCAGCCAGCCGCCCCAGGGGCCCCGGCAAAAGGCGCCUGGGGCCCCCCGUGGAUCUGGCCGCCAAGGAUGCAGGAGAGGGCAAUGGUGACAGUGACAGCUCUGCAGGUGCUGCAGCCAAGGGACCCCGAAAGGUGCCUGCGGGAAAAAGCAAGGGGAAGGCACCCAACAGAGCACAACAGGAUGCCCCCAAGGUGAAGGGGGGUCAAGGCAAGGCAAGGAAGCCCCUGGCAGCCCCAGGAGCCAGCCAGGAGAAGGCAGGGCUGCGGAAGGCAGCCCCCACCCAGGGGGGCAAGAAGGGCCCGUAG